CGACAGCAAAUUCUGGAAGGGAGGAGGGAGAGCUCAGAGAUUAAAAUCUAUUUAUCAGAAGGGUAGCACGGCGUUUAUAGACCAUAUCAACCACCAUGGAAACCACGGCGAGUCCCGCGAGGGAUAACCACAGAAUGAACCGCUACAAGAACAAAGCGCUGAACCUGGAGGAGAUGCGCCGGAGACGCGAGGAGGAGGGGAUCCAGCUGAGGAAACAGAAGCGCGAGCAGCAGCUCUUCAAGAGGAGAAACGUGGACAUGCUGAAUGAGGAAGCAGGCCUGUUGGAAAGUCCCCUCAUGGACUCCUUCAUCAGCUCUUCCACUACAGGGGAGGGGGUCAUCACAAGGAGCAUGGUGGAGACACUGUUUUCAGAAGAUCCCGAACUCCAGCUCGCCACAACACAGAAAUUCAGAAAAUUGCUGUCAAAAGAGCCCAAUCCGCCCAUCGACGAAGUCAUCAAUACACCUGGUGUGGUGGAGAGGUUUGUGGAGUUCCUGAAGAAAAGCAUCAACUGCACAUUACAGUUUGAGGCAGCGUGGGCGCUGACCAACAUCGCGUCGGGAACGUCCCAGCAGACCAAAAUUGUGAUAGAGGCAGGCGCGGUGCCCAUCUUCAUCGAGCUCCUGAACUCAGAUUUCGAGGACGUGCAGGAACAGGCCGUGUGGGCUCUGGGGAACAUCGCCGGCGACAGUGCAGUGUGCAGAGAUUACGUACUCAACUGCAACAUCCUCCCACCGCUGUUAAUGUUGCUGACCAAGUCUACCAGGCUGACCAUGACCAGGAACGCAGUCUGGGCACUCUCUAAUCUGUGCCGAGGGAAGAGCCCGCCCCCAGACUUUGAAAAGGUGUCCCCCUGUUUGCCGGUUCUGUCCCGGUUGCUGUUCAGCAGCGAUCCGGACCUGCUGGCGGACGCCUGCUGGGCCCUGUCCUAUCUCUCAGACGGGCCCAAUGAGAAAAUCCAGGCCGUCAUCGACUCGGGGGUCUGCAGGAGGCUGGUGGAGCUGCUCAUGCAUACGGACUACAAGGUGGCCUCACCAGCACUCAGAGCGGUGGGCAACAUCGUCACAGGCGAUGACAUCCAGACACAGGUGGUUCUGAACUGCUCCGCCCUGCCCUGUCUCCUGCAUCUCCUGAGCAGCCCGAAGGAGUCCAUCCGCAAGGAGGCCUGCUGGACCAUCUCCAACAUCACAGCGGGAAACAGAGCUCAGAUCCAGACGGUGAUAGAUGCAAACAUAUUCCCUGUGCUGAUCGACAUCCUGCAGAAGGCCGAGUUCCGCACGAGGAAAGAGGCGGCGUGGGCAAUCACAAAUGCCACAUCAGGCGGGACUCCAGAGCAGAUCAGGUACCUGGUAAAUCUGGGCUGCAUCAAGCCGCUGUGUGACCUGCUGACGGUCAUGGACUCCAAGAUCGUCCAGGUGGCGCUCAACGGGCUGGAGAACAUCCUCAGACUCGGGGAGCAGGAGGCCAAGCAGAACGGCAGCGGUAUCAACCCCUACUGCGGCCUCAUUGAGGAGGCCUACGGCCUGGACAAGAUUGAGUUCCUGCAGAGUCAUGAGAACCAGGAGAUCUACCAGAAGGCUUUUGACCUGAUCGAGCACUACUUUGGUGUGGAGGAGGAAGAUGCCAGCCUGGCCCCACAGGUGGACGAGAACCAACAGCAGUACCUUUUCCCACAGCAGGAGGCGCCCAUGGAGGGCUUCCAACUAUAACGAUCCCUUCCGCUUUGCCUCCGCCAUACGUCCGCUCCCCUCUCCCCGACCCCCGAACCCCCCCCAUCUCCACAUGCCUCUACAAAACAGUACCACAUUACCCAGCCUGGCCCAGAAUGGGGGUGAUCCAGAGCCCCAGUACUCAGGCCCAAACUUGCGAAGAUGAGACGAAAAGCAACAGGUGACAUCACAAAAGAAUCCAGGCUGCCAGCCAUUAUUAAAACAACCUUUUUUCAUUUUGUCAGGUUUUUUUCCUCUUAGUCAAACUAAACUGGACCCCUCUCCAGGCUAGGGACACAGAGGGACAUUAUGACAGGGCCACCAUGCUCAAAGGGGUAUGAGAAUUCUAUGGGGAGGAUUUUUUUUUUUUUCUUUUUUAUGGGGGGAUACCUAGCACUAUGAAAAAAAUCCUUGCCUGGUAGCUUGCAGGAAAUGAUGUCGUUUCAGUCAUACAAAAGUGAAUUCCCUCAGCCUACAUAAAAACAGUUUGAGAGUUAUUUAUUCAGCCCAGCAGCCAAACAUUGCUCUCAGACCCUACGCUUUUUUGUCGUCAAUAUAGAGUGAGUUUGGCGAUGAAUAUAAAAGGCUUU